AUGUCUAAUUGUAAAGAGGUUAUUAUUGAAUCCGAUAAGGAGGCAUAUUCAGACCACAAUUUGUCCGAGGACUCGACCUUAGGCGAUAAUGAAUCGCUCUCUUCAAGUAAUAUCAUAAGGGUUUCGCAAGACUUAUCGAAAUUAUUUAAUGCCAAUGAAUACUACGAAAUUUUAACACUUAUUCCAUCUUUAAAUAAGUAUCUGAACUUGCCCGCUUCAGCUCGCAUUAUUAUUUCUCUUACAUUGUUCAAACUCGGUAGAGUUGGACCUGCUUUGCGGGAGUUAUCCAUUACAAUAGAGAUUUCCACAAAUCAGGCUGAGAAGGAGAAAUUGAUAAAGUAUUUGAUUCAAAUAUUCAAAACAUUAGGACUGUUAGAAUGCGCUGUAUACUCCUUCGAAGAACUUAUUAAUAUGGCCAAAUUAGAUCUUCUUAUUAGCAGCGAAAAUGAAGCUAAAGUACCAAGAAUUCAAGAACGAGUGGACAGAUAUGAAUCUGAACUAAAUGAAUACUUAAAUUGUUAUGAAAAAGGAGGAAUGGAAAUGUGA